AUGCGCAGUGUUCAGCGACUGUGCUGCUUAUUGCUCUUUACAGUAACGGUAACCCUGAGCAUUUGCGAUGAUGACGGCGAGCCGCUAAAAAUUGCAGUCAUAGGAGAAGGUGUCAUCGGAUUGUCUACGGCAACGGCUAUCAAGCAACGGGGAUCCAGAGAGAGGGAGGUGCUCGAUCCUAAUAAUAACCCAUCGGGAAUAAGGGUCGAGCGGGCGCACAUAACAGUAUUCCAUGACCGCCCUUUUGAGAAAACGCUCAGCAGAGGGAUUGCUGGCCUAUUCCGUGUCGACAAGUCAACCCCUCUUCAACGGUUGUACGGAAACGAAACCUUUACACGUCUUGCCAAACUCUGGAGAACGUUGGGAGGUUUCAGCGGGGUCCAGCUGCUUUCUGGCCAUAUUCUCUCCGACAAUAUGAGUUUGCUGAAUGAUCAGUACUCACAUAAACUUUCAGCCUCAUCGGAAAGCUUACAGGUGACAUCGUUUAUAACUUCGCUUCUUGACGAUCGCGAGUGA